AUGCACGCAAACGCAAGCUCAGUUACUCCUCGUGGCACUCCUUCCAGGCGAGGACGGUCCCCAAGAUUUUCCACUGACAGUCCCAGCCAGCCGGGUCCUAGUUCUGCUUUUGCAGACAAUAAUGGCCCAAAUAAACUCCCGACAUCAUUUGUGUCGUCUCUCAGUAUCCGUGUCGAGGGUGCGCAGCCCAUAAUUACUCCAGAGCAGAACGAUACCACCAACCUCCCACAAGCGGCGUCGGGCCAGGAGUCCAAAAGAGCACCAAGAAAGUCGAAGACGGACGCUCUCGCAGCUCUAAAUAGCCAUGCUAGGGCCACUUCUCCAAGUCCUGACGACGAAGACCCAUUACUAGACUAUUAUCACAACGCUCGGCCUAUUCCCGUUUCUCCAAAGCUGGACUUGAGUAGCGUCAAAACUUCGAGUCCAAGAAAUAUGCCACCUCGCACAUCCCCUCGACCCUUCGAUUUGGAGGAUUGUCCGGAAUUUUUUCCAACGACGGAGGAGUUUCGAGAUCCUAUGGCGUAUAUCAAGUCGAUUUCAGACAAGGGGAAGAAAUAUGGGAUCUGUAAGAUUAUUCCUCCGGAGGGAUGGAAAAUGCCAUUUGUGACGGAUACGGAGAUUUUUCGAUUCAAAACUCGGUUGCAACGCCUCAAUUCAAUCGAAGCAUCAUCUCGGGCCAAGCUCAAUUUCCUUGAGCAGCUAUAUCGAUUUCACAAGCAGCAGGGCAACCCGCGAGUAGUUGUCCCCACUAUAAACCACAAACCACUUGAUCUGUGGCUUCUGCGAAAGGAGGUGCAUAAAUUGGGUGGAUAUGAUGCUGUGACCAAAGGCAAAAAGUGGUCCGAACUGGGUGCGAUUCUAGGAUAUCGAGGUGUUCCGGGUUUAUCGACGCAAAUCAAGAACUCAUACACUCGUGUCAUCUUGCCAUACGAGCAUUUCUGUGAGCGCGCUAAGAAUCAGCCAAUUUCUCCCAUGGCACCUCACCGGCUUUUCAACGACGCCGCAUCGUCUCGCAUGAGCAAUUCCGUAGAAAGUCCUCCAUCUAGUCCUUUGACAGCUACCUCCAGUCCCUUAUCGGAACCUCCCGAUGAGAACGAUCUUAGGGAUUCGAAAUCUGCCAACGGGCGCCCCCGGCGUAGCACCAGGGUCGGGUCUCAAGAGUGUACAACUCGUGACUCGCUCUUACCUUCUGCUCUUCCUGUUUUCUACGAGAGUAAUCGACCUAAGGAACCGUCCGAGCAACAUUGCGAAAUAUGUCAUAAGAAGAAUCGUGGCGAAGAGAUGCUAUUAUGCGAUGGCUGUGACUGUGGCUUCCAUAUGUUCUGCCUGGACCCGCCGUUGGACACUAUUCCGAAAGAUCAAUGGUUCUGCUAUACUUGCCUCUUCGGGACCGGGGGGGAUUUCGGAUUCGAUGAAGGCGAAGAACAUAGCUUAUCGAGCUUCCAAGCCCGUGACCUCGCGUUCCGCCGUAUGUGGUUUGAGCAACACCCGCCAGAGCGCGACGAAAUGAUUGAUGCCAACGAUCCCACUGUGAAUCGCUUCGGAGAUGUCAUCGCUACCGAGAACGAUGUGGAAAGGGAGUUCUGGCGUUUGGUUCAAUCUACCACCGAAACUGUCGAAAUCGAGUAUGGCGCAGACGUUCACUCCACCACACAUGGAAGUGCGAUGCCAACAAUGGAAACGCAUCCAUUGAAUUCCUAUUCGAAGGACCCUUGGAAUCUAAACAAUAUACCCAUCGUUUCUGAUUCUCUUCUUCGUUUCAUCAAAUCCGACAUAUCUGGCAUGACGGUUCCCUGGACUUACGUCGGAAUGGCGUUCUCUACCUUUUGUUGGCAUAACGAGGAUCACUACACGUAUAGCAUCAACUUCAUGCACUGGGGGGAGACGAAGACCUGGUAUGGCAUUCCAGGAGAAGAUGCAGAGAAGUUCGAGGCUGCUAUAAAGUCCGAAGCUCCAGACCUCUUCGAAGCUCAGCCCGACCUACUCUUCCAACUCGUGACGCUCAUGAAUCCCAAGCGAGUGAAGGACGCCAACGUCCGCGUCUACGCAUGCAACCAGCGUGCAGGCGAAUUUGUAAUCACCUUCCCGAAGGCAUAUCACGCCGGCUUCAACCAUGGCCUCAACUUCAAUGAGGCGGUAAAUUUCGCCCUUCCAGAUUGGCUUCCCUUUGGUCGAGAAUGUGUUCAACGUUACCGCGAGCAUGCUAAGCUUCCGGUCUUUUCUCACGAUGAACUCCUCAUCACAAUUACCCAGCAAUCUGAGUCGAUCAAGACCGCCAUGUGGUUGAUUGAUAGCUUGAACGAAAUGAUAGAUCGGGAGAUGGCCGAUCGGCGCAAAGUUAGGGCUCGAAACUUUGGUGAAUCACUGGAGGAGGAAGAUCGACCAGAGGAUCAAUAUCAAUGCGCCGUCUGCAAGAUGUUUUGCUAUCUCUCACAGGUCACUUGCCCUUGCACGACGAAGGUUGUCUGUGUGGAGCAUGCUGACCUUUUAUGCGAGCGUGGGACCCAUCAUGUCAUCUUACGGAAGAGGUUCUCAGAUCCCGACUUACUCGCUAUCCAAACCAAAGUCGCUGAGCGAGCGAAGAUCCCAGCAGCCUGGCGGGUCAAGUUGACGAAGCUCUUAACAGAAAAUGCCUGCCCACCUUUACGAUCCCUCAGAGCGCUUCUCUCCGAAGGUGACCGGAUCAACAUUUACCUCCCCGAAAUAGCCUCUCUGAGAAAAUGCGUCAAUCGGGCUAAUGAGUGGGUGGAGGCAGCGAGCGCUAUGCUGGCGAAGAAGCCUAGAAAGCGUUCGCGCAAGUCACGAACUGGCCGCCCAAGUGAAGCCGGGCCACCCAAAGAUGAUGACGCGACCAUGGACAAGCUCGAGUACACAAUCGCCGAUUUUGACAGCUUACUUGACGAGGUUCUUAACCUCGGCUUCGAUUGUCCCGAAAUUGCGACUCUUCGGUCUAUGCAAACACAGGCGGACAGACUUUCGAGGAAGGCCGCCUAUCUCGUCAACAUCAAUAAGUCGGUUGAUCGAGGCGGGCUCAGCCUAGAUGAGUUCCUCACACAAUGCAAGGAUGUUCUAUUGGAAGGGACUGCCUUCAAUGUCGUCCUCCCCAUGAUGGUCGAGGUCGAGAGGAUAGUCAAUAGGGAGCAGCUCGCCCAAGAACUACAAGACAAAGUCGACGACCAACAUGAAUCGAUGUCAAUGGAGGAGGUCCGCCAUCUCAUCGCAAGGGCGGAGUCUUGCAGCUUGCCUACGGAUAACUCUACGAUGAGUUUACUCAUCAGUCGGGAACGAGCUGGGAACCUAUGGGAAGAUCGCGCGAAGGCCUUACUCGCACAACCUAUCAAGACAGUUGAGGAACUCGAGCGUUUGGCGGCUCCCGACGACAUGAUUCCACUCAACCCUCCCAUCCUUGACCGUCUAAAAGCAGCUCGAGCGAAGGCACUCGAUUACGAGAAACAAGCCAACGCCUGGCUAAAACCCGAACCUGACGCACCCCGACCUCGAGUUCAAGAUGUUAUGAGGCUUGUUGACCGGGCCGAGAAGGACUUCAGCAUCCCGGCGAUCAACGAUCUCAAGCGCACCGUCGAGAUUGCGAUGGACCUGGAGGCGCGCUGUGAGCAGGUACUGAAGGGCAAAUAUCUCCCCCGCGAGAAAGAAGAAAGCCGGCGCGGGGAACUCACGGUGGAAAAGGAGGAUGUUUUCGAAGCUAUCAGCCAAUGGCAAACAUACGCUCGCGAACAUCUCUCUAUGUUCAUUCUUCCCUACUGUGACAAGCUUGAGGCGCAGCUGAAAUACCACCACAAAUGGAUACGCGAUCUUCCGUGGUUCUGUGAUGAACAUGCUGAAGCACACGGACUCAAGAUUCUCGACGAUGUCAUUUCUUCUACACGACCAGAAGAUGACCUCCCUCCUUCCGAUGAAUACUUCACAUGCAUUUGCACCGAGCCUGUUCGUCCUCCGCCGCCUGGGGUCGUUUCAGAUGCCGUUCAGUGUGAUCAUUGUUUUGCAAGGUUCCAUGGUGUGUGCGCCAAGAACGGCGGGUCUUGCCCGUUCUGCGACCAUACGCAUUGGAACGGCACCAUUCACAAGGAACGUAGCUGGCACUUCUGUUAUCUUCCCCCGGUCCUUAUCAACGCCCCCGAAAUCACCAAGAAUUAUUCUGAGGAGUGGAAACAACUUGAAAUCAUUGUCCAUCGUAUCGAUCGCCUCUCAGCUGUCAUAGGUCAGUUCCUUGCCUUCACCUCGCAGCUCAGCAACCAAAGGCCCGAGUACAUACACCAAGUUCGUCACUACAUGCGGAAGCUCUUCAGGAUUCAGUUUGCCGUAUCCCCAAAUCCCGACGUUUCCUUCGGUUUGGAUCUCGCUGGCUUGCAUCGUAUUCUGGCUGGUCGUCCAGCAUUGGCCCGAGCAAAGAAACGUAGACGGCCCCGGUUUACUUUCGGCCAGGAUAUCGACAAAGACUGGGCCGAUGGAACCCGCUGCAUAUGCAGAGGCCGGACCCCAUAUCUGCUAAACUAUCCUACAGUUGAGUGCGAAAGCUGCAACAAGUUCUACCACGCCGGUUGUGUCUUUUUCCCCUUCGACCCUACUUCGCCAAACAAGAAAUUUGCUUGCCCAUUGUGUUGCCUACGCAAGAAUAGGACCUACGUCUACUCAGAAGUUAGAGUUAAACCGUCCUUAGACACCAUGCCCCACAGCUCGGAUACGUAUGUCAACACGAAAGAGAUGUUAGACUCGUUCAGCAAGGACGUCAUAUACAAGAAAAUGCCCCCUCCUUAUACCCAGACGCUUUUCGUAGAACUCGUCAGAUUUGUCCCCGGCCAGCCGGAGUUUUCUCCGCCAAGCGGGCCCGCCCCCCGCCCGUCUAUACCAUCCAUUCCUCAAGGCAACCCGAUGCCCCACAUUCCAUCCCCCCACGACAAGCAUACGCCAAUGCAGCUGCCUGCACCUUCGGCAUCGUUUUCACCGCCCUCGAUGGCCAGCCAGCACGUUCCACCGCCACCUCCCUGGUCAAGAUGGGGCACGGUCACAACGCCUUCUAGGCCUCCUUCAACUCAAAGACGGCAUGCACCAGACACACCUCGCGAUACUCCCCAGCCGAGUAGAAAGCGAAAGUUAACUGACGAACCUCGCCCGCCGGAAGAGCCUGUUAACGGCAGCUCUUCUAAGAGACGCGUGAUGGACCAUGGUCUACCCCAGCCACAGUUAGCACAACCACGUAACGUACAAACGCUCUCGCCUUCUCUAGCCCUUAUCGUCUCUCCCAUCGAGACACCACCUACGAUGUACUCAAAUUCACCACCCGAUCUUACUGACGACGACAUGCACCACCGCUCUGUGUCUAAUAUGCCAGGAAGGAGAAGAACCAGCGAUGUAUCCUCCCCCAUUGCCAAACCCCCUUCCUCUGGUGGUAGCACAAAGCCUUGGCGCCCCUUCUAA